AGGAGAGUGGGAACAGGAUCUAUAACUUUCUUUUAAACAGAGUUAAAGACAUUUUAUCCACUCAGUAAAUAAUAGAUUUAGUGUUUUAGUGAUCAGACAGUGAGAGAUGUCGCUCUGCAGCACAGUGAUGAAGACUCUGAUCUUCUUCACAUUUUCUCUUCAUCUUUCAUCAGCAGACACACAAUCUCUGCAAUAUUCCCUCACUCAAGUUACAGGGACAAAAAGCACAGAAUUCAGUGCUCUUGGUCUGGUGAGUGGACAGCAGUUUGGCUAUUACAACAGUGCCAUCAGGAAAGUGAUCCCAAAGACAGAGUGGAUGCAGAAGGUGAAGGCUGAGGAUCCAGAAUACUGGAAAACACAGAAAGAGAUUGCACAGAUUCAAGAGGAGAGCUUCAAAGUCAAUCUGGAUACAGCAAUGCAGUGCUUUUAUCAAACUACAGGUGUUCAUACACUCCAAAGGAUUGUGGGCUGUGAGCUUGAUGAUGACGGGACUGUUAGAGGAUACAAUCAAUUCGGUUAUGAUGGAGAAGAUUUCAUCAGUCUGGAUCUGAAAACUCUAACAUGGACUGCAGCUAAACCACAAGCUGAGAUCAUCAAAUACAAGAGGAAUAAUGAUAUUGAUAACAAUAAAAUGUGGAAGAACUUCCUGGAGUACAGAUGUAUUGAGUGGUUAAAGACUUAUGUAAAUUACAGCAGAAAGACUCUGAAUAGGAAAGUUCGUCCUACAGCGUCAGUGUUCCAGAAACACUCGCCUUCUCCAGAGGUGGUGUGUCACGCUACAGGAUUCUUCCCCAAAGCAGUGAUGAUCUUCUGGAGGAAGGACGGAGAGGAGGUGCAUGAGGACGUGGAGCUCAGAGAGACGUUACCCAACCAGGAUGGAAGCUUCCAGAAGAGAAGCAUUCUGAAAGUCCCAGCUGAGGAGCUGCAGAAACACACCUACACCUGUGUGAUUCAGCACAGCAGCUUGGAGAAGGAGUUAGUGCUGAAUGUGAGCGAGCGACAGAUCCUGAAAGGUGGAGGAUCGAUGGCUAUCAUCAUUGGUGUAGUCGUGGCUCUCAUUGUUCUCGUUGUUGCUGUUGUUGCUGGAAUUAUGGUCUGGAAGAAGAAGAACUCUGGCUUCAAACGUGCUCCAGCCUCUGAAGAGUCUUCCUCCAACAACUCUUAAAGCGUGACUGUGUGUGUUCUUGCUGAAGUGAGAGAGUAAGACAUGAUGGUAACAUGUUCUUCAGCGUUUCAAGUGGCCUCUUGGCUGUUUCUCCCAGUAAUACUCUCUUUAACUAGAAAUUACAUUUGCUGGACAGACUCUGAGGUGGAGUUGCUGUUGUGAUAUAUAUUUUAAACAGUAGCGUUAAUGCUGCUGUGAGGGCUGUUUAGAGUCUCACAGCCACAUAGUUCACACAGUAUUUAUACUCAGGAAUUACACCAGUAAUAUAUUUCCCAGAAUUCAACACUGUGAUUCUGAUUCACAGAUUCUAAUCUGUGAGUCUGCAAUUCAACUAGGACUCCUAGAAUCUAGAAAGAUUGUGGCCAAAAUGCUAAACACUAAAACAAAAAUAAAUGCUACACACUAAAAUGCUUCUGAGGUAAAUGUCUUCAAAAAACUGGGCUCAAAGAAAAAAAAAUCUUGACCCCCGCUAGUUCUGGUGCUCGUCUGAGGACAGGAAUUUAGCGCAAGACAAUCUACUGCAACUUGGACUAAACCCUGUGCACUGCAGAUAAGGUACGCGUUUUUGUAAUUUCCUGAAAACGGUUUUGGAGAUACGAGGAUUCCGUCUGACAGUGACUAUAUGUCACAGAUAAACAAAUCCUGACAGAAUUUCCCCCUAGUGUCCAGUUAGGGAAUAGUCUAAACAUAUAUUACCUUUUCUAUAUUUUAUCUAUUUAUUCUCCUAGUGCAAUUUUCCAAUAUUUUUCCUAAAUGCCCUAUAUGUUUUAUUUGAGUGUUUCUUAUUUGUGUCUUAUUUUUAUUCUUUACAUUAGUGUUAAUUAGCU